UUUUUCACAGAUUUUGUAGCAUUUUUUAUUUAAUAAAAAUUAAACCAUCUGAAAAUGUCUCGACAAGCCUCUAGAUUGGAUGCCAAGAAAGUGUCUUAAGUACCGAACCAUUUGAAGUGCCACCCACCCUCAAAAUCGGCUUCACAUUCGCUUUUGCAGUAAGUGCGGGCGUGUGAGAGGGAAACGCUAGCGAAUCAAAAGAGCGCAACCUUCGCGCUAUGGAUAACCAUUUCAGCAGUAACCGCACAGCAGCAGCAGCAGUAACCACAAGAAUGAGCAACAGCACGAACAGCAACAGCAACAACAAUGCAAACAACACAGCCAACGCAAGUGCCAACAAUCCAAGCGUAAAUGCGGGGACGGCAGCAGUAGGACAGCCAAUUCAAGUGAUACCGAUGCCGUUGCUGUCGACAGCUGGAGGCCAAAUCAUAAUCGGGCAACCGCAGGCACAGGCGCAGGCAGGCGGAGCAGCGGCUGCCCUGCAGCCACAAUUGAUUCCACUGCAAGCCAAUCAAAUCAUGCUGCAGGCACAACAGCAGCCACAGAUGCAAGUGAUGCAGCUUCCCGAUGGUCAGACUAUAUUCUACCAAACGCCCACGAUUACAUCGCUCGAUCCGAAUGCCGCAGCAGCGGCAGCUGCUGCCGUAGCACAGCCCACACCGCACUACCUCAACAUAAAUGGCCAAUUGGUGCAAAUAACAGCGGCUCCCAAUGCCAACCAAGGCGUGCCCACAGGCGGCCAGCAGAUUAUAAUGCUGCCACAAAUGACGGCGGUCAAUGCAGCAGCAGCUGUUGCUGCCAAUGCGGCCCAGGCCAGCAAUAAUGUGCAACAGCAGCAGCAGCCACAACAGCAGCAACAGCAACAGGCGCAAGUUCAGGUGCAACUGCAGACGACGACAACCACUGGUAUCGCUGGUGGAGUAGGUGGUGGCGGGGGCAGCAAUUCAAGUAGUGCGGACGUAAGCACCAGCACCACGGGUACGAAUACGAACAGCGAGGAGGAUGAGAAUUCCAAAGGCGAAGCGGACGAGGAGCCGCUCUAUGUGAAUGCCAAACAAUAUAAACGCAUACUGAUCCGGCGGCAGGCGCGCGCCAAGCUGGAAUCACGCAUACCCAAGGAACGCUGCAAAUACCUACAUGAAUCUCGCCAUCGGCAUGCCAUGAAUCGGGCGCGCGGCGAGGGCGGCCGCUUUCAUUCCGCUCAAGAGAAGGGCGACUCGUCCGGCGGCAUGGAUCAUGGUCUGCCUUUAGCAUCAAGUGGCGGGGCAACACUGAGUCGUGGCACAGCGCGAGCACCACCCAAACUGAUUGCACCACACCAAACGCCGAGCAUAACCAUAACGGCCAUCAAAACAGAAUAGCCGAUGCUUGAGUUUAUAUUGUAGAUAGCACUUACCAGCCCCUUCCCCUUACCCAUUUAACAUAGCUCUGUAAACAUUAUAUAGUUAUUUAGAUGUAAUUAAGUGUAAUGUUAAGCCUCAGGACAAGUGGAAAAUAAAUGUGUAUUUAUUAAAAUAUGUGCAUAUGUAA